UGUUCUUCUUCUUCGAACCUGCAAAGGUUACUGUUUUAAAAGGGUUUUUCUUUUCUCUCUCCUAACUCCAAAGGAACGCACCUUUUUUAAUCUCCAUGUAUCCACCCACAAAUAAAGCAAGCAGCUUUAUUAAUAUCUCUUUAAUUCAAUUUUCCUUAUCUCUCUUUGAGUCUUCAAUUGAUUGCCCAGAUUUCUUCUUCUUCUUCUUCUUCUUCUUUUCUCUUCAACUCACGAUCUGCAUUCGCUAUUUUAUCAUGCUUUUCUUAAAACUUUUCCUUCUCUUUUCUUUGUGUUCCUUCACUUUCUCUCAUGAUGCCGACUUUAACCCUCAUCUUCUCCCCAGACCACUAAUCAUACAACCAGAAGAUAUCGAGACCCAGUACGAAAAAUUCGAUGAUGAACUCAACUUACACUGUACCAGUUGGAGAUUUUCCGUCGAAGCCAACAAUUUGAGUCCCUGGAAGACGAUUCCCGAGGAAUGUCUGGGCUAUGUUAAAGAAUAUAUGAUCGGUCGUGGUUAUAAACUGGAUCUCGAAAGGGUUUCGAGUGAGGCUGGGGUUUACGCCAAAAACCUCGAGUUGAGUGGAGAUGGAAAAGAUGUUUGGAUUUUUGAUAUUGAUGAGACUUUGUUGUCCAAUCUUCCUUACUACAUUGAGCAUGGUUAUGGAUUGGAGAUUUUUGAUCCUAUUGAGUUUGAUAAGUGGGUUCAAAAGGGAAUGGCACCAGCAAUUGAACCAAGCCUGAAACUUUAUGAAAAGAUUUUAGAUUUAGGGUUCAAAGUUUUCUUACUCACCGGUCGAAAUGAAAAACUCAAGUCUAUUACAAUCGAAAAUCUUACCAAAGCAGGGUUUCGACGUUGGGACAAGCUUAUUUUAAGGGACUCGGAACAGCACGGCAAGCUAGCGGUGGUUUUUAAGUCGGAGAAAAGGGGUGAGAUGGUAGAAGAGGGAUAUAGGAUUGUGGGUAACUCUGGGGAUCAAUGGAGCGAUUUAUUGGGCGCCGACCCAUCGAGACGUUCGUUCAAGUUACCGAAUCCUAUGUACUACAUUCCCUAGUAAAUCCCUUUUAAAUGCUUUUUAGUUUACCAUGUCUGAAAUAAUUCUUGUAAAUACAUUGAAAAUUCUGGAAUUGUUAAUCACAUCCAGACUGUACUAUAAAAGACUCAAAAAGAUUGACAUAUGAUUUAAGUAAAGGAAAAUGUGAGUGAUUGUAUGUUA